CGUUAAGUAUAGUUUGCGCUCGCCGGCUCAUGUCCCAUCAAUAUGAAGUCAAACCUGAAACUCUUUCCAGAUUUGAGAGCAUUUUCUACAAAGUAACCAACUAGUUACUUAUGCAGAGCUGAUCUCGUCCUGAUAGGAACGCAAGGGUGGAAUUUGGAUCUGCAACAUACAUAACUCACUAAUACAGAGUAGCUCCUCCAGGCGGAGCAUUUUCACGUCGACUCGAAUUUGCAUUCGUACCAGCUUCAAGAAGGUAGCUUCACACCAUUCAACUCAAAUCUGCCACCCAACUAAGGUUCACAUUGAGUGAGCACAGGGUAGAUUGUCCCUCAUCUAUUUCGCAGCCAAAUCAGCUCUUUUGGGUAUCGGAUUGAGGCGCAAUAACGACAAGACAAGCAGCGCUCGGCUCCAGUGUUCGCUACUCAGGAAUCAACACAUUUACAGACGGUCAAAUCGCUUAUCACACACAACGAUACUCAAGAUGCCACCAUCAGCCGAGCCAGGUAGAACCCCGGAACCAUGGUCUUCUCCCACCCUUCUGUUUGUUUACGGCUCCCUCAUGGACACCGACGUUAUCCAGGUGGUGCUCAGUCUCACAGCGCCUCCCCCACCGCUUCAGGCUGCUAAGCUGAGAGACUAUAGAAUGAAGAUGUGGCAUAUCUAUCCGACAUUGAUACCACAUAAGGGCUCCGAGAUCCAAGGAAGGGUCUACCCCGUUGAGAGUCUUGAUCACUUUCAGCGGCUAGAGAGUUACGAAACGAGGGCAUAUACAUGGACUGUUUGUGAUGUUGAAUUAGACGAUGGCAGCGUCGCCCAAGGUUGUCGCGUGUUUAUAUGGGCUGGUGAUCCGGAAAGCAGCGAGCUGUACGAAGGGUCCUUCGACUUGGAGCGUUAUCAGACUCGUUAUAAACCAUCUAUGAUGGGAAGAUCUUAAGUUGGGCAGAAUAAUCCCAAUUUUCUGAAGGAGCCGUUGCCCCACAUUUCAGAAGCUGUCAGUGAUACAGGUUUAAGCGUGCUAUUUAUGGCCCACGCCCUGUAACGAAAUGGAUGAUGCAACCGACGACCAGUACAAGUCAUAUAAGAUCACGG